AACAACAGUUAUUUUCCUCGACUACCGCCGAGCUGAGCUACCACUAGUCCACCACCAUCCCCUCCUACUUCACAGUCCACUGCCUCGCUCCCCUCCCACUCCACUCCGCUCCGCCCCACCUUCAGAAAAUCUAGAGAGCAUCUCAUUGCACAUGGUCACUCCAUAGCACCCCAAGCUCCCGCGACCACCCACGGGGGCACCGACAACAAUGGCGGUGGGCAGCGGCCUGGCCCUGUACCACAUCCUCGGCGUGGCCACCUGCGUGGCGCUGCUCUACUUCUCCUUCGGCGAGGUGGACCUUCGCCACCUCUCCCUCCCGUCCGUGCCCGCCGGCUCUUCCUCCCGCGCGGCCAUGGCAGCGCCCUUCGUGGAGCGGCGCGGCGCGCGGCUGUUUCUGGACGGCCGGCCGUUCUACGUGAACGGGUGGAACUCCUACUGGCUCAUGGACCAGGCCGUGGAGCCGCGCACCCGGAACCGCGUGGACCGCAUGUUCCGCGCCGCCGCCGAGAUGGGCCUCACCGUGUGCCGCACCUGGGCCUUCAACGACGGCGCCUACAACGCCCUCCAGCUCGCCCCCGGCCGCUUCGACGAGCGCGUCUUCAAGGCGCUGGACCGGGUGGUCGCAGAGGCGGGGCGGCACGGGGUGCGGCUGAUCUUGAGCCUGGCGAACAACCUGGAGGCGUACGGCGGGAAGACGCAGUACGUGCGGUGGGCGUGGGAGGAGGGCGUCGGCCUCUCCGCCUCCAACGACUCCUUCUUCUUCGACCCUGCCAUUCGCGACUACUUCAAAGUCUACCUCAAGACGCUGCUGACGAGGAAGAACCACUUGACAGGGGUGGAGUACAGGGACGACCCCUCCAUCCUCGCGUGGGAGCUGAUGAACGAGCCCAGGUGCAACACGGACCCGUCCGGCGACACGCUGCAGCGUUGGAUGGAGGAGAUGGCGGCGUACGUGAAAUCGAUCGACAAGAGGCAUCUGCUCACCGUCGGCACCGAGGGGUUCUAUGGCCCGACGAGCCCCCAGGGCAAGGUGAGCGUCAAUCCGGGGUAUUGGCACGGCAAUUACGGUUCGGACUUCAUUCGCAACGCCAACAUUUCAGACAUCGACUUCGCUUCCAUCCAUCUAUACCCUGACAACUGGCUGCCGCACGCCAAGCUCGAUGGGAAGCUCAAGUUCGUGACCCAGUGGAUCACCUCCCACGUUGAGGACGGGGACAAGGAGCUGGGCAAGCCCGUCCUCACCACCGAGUUCGGCCUGUCGCACGGUGUCCAGGGCUUCGACCACUCGCACCGGGACGUCUUCUACAAGGCCGUCUUCGACAUCGUCUACGAGUCGGCCAUCCGGGGCGGCGCCGGCGCCGGUGCCUUCGUGUGGCAGCUCGCCGUGGAGGGCAUGGAGGAGUUCCACGACGACUUCGCGGUCGUGCCCAGCGAGAGGCCGUCACUGUACAGGCUGAUCAAGGCGCAGUCGUGCAGGCUGGCGAAGCUGAGGCACGGUGAGGGAGACGAGGCGAAGCGGACGCUGUCGGUGUGUGCCGGUUUGCUGUAGGGAAUGAAUGGUGCAGGCUAAGCCAUCCAUUGUCUCGAGCUUGGUUGUGUUGCGCCCAGGUCGAGCUGUUUCGUUUUUUCUGUCCUCCGAAUCGAGCGAGUGGUGAAGUGUCACAAGAGAUCAGUACGAAAUGAAUAGAAAGCACAAAAAAAAAAUGUGUUUGUCUCGUCAGGCUUGGUGAUGCUGCCGGUAGAUUCGUUUGUCGCUACCCGCCAACGCCUGCAGAAUUGCAGAUCCGCAUAGCUAACCUACCGUUUCCUUCUUGUGCUGUACUGUACCGUAGAUGCCCUUGACCUAUGAUAUGUAAAGUCGUCGAGUGGCAGAAUCCAAUGGUAUCGUCCUAUACUGUA